AUGUCUUAUUUGUGUUCUUUUGAUCAAAAUUGUAAAGAUUUUUGUGAAGAAAACUUAACAGUUCUUGAGCAAAAAAUUAUUUUAGAAAAGUUUAUAGCAUUAGAAAUUAAUUCAAAAUCACAACAACUUAUUGCUUUACUUCAGGAGUUUGCUAAAGAUAGUAGCGGACAAUCAGGUUUAGAAAAAA